UAUGUUUCCCUUUUCACCAAUUUGUUAACUGUGUGUUCAAUUUCAAGUCCCUUGUUUGAAGAUUGGGAUUGUUUCUGAUAGGAACUGGAGUUUUGCAUUAAAAGGAAAGGUUUUUGUUUUUUUAGAUUAAUGUGGAAAUAAUCUUUGGCGUAUUACUGAACCGAUUCCUUCUUUAUGUGAUCGUAAAAUUGGGGAGAAUUCUUUUGUUUCUCUUUAAUUUUUGCUGCAUUUAGUUUGCAUUCGAGUUUUUGGACAUGCAAAGUAUAAUGAUAUUACUGGUGAUUUUUUAUGAUAUACUGCUUGCUAUAUCUGUUUCUGUUGUUACCUUGGUUAUGAAUUUAUAAUGGGUUUCGUGUGCUGAAGCAUCAAUUGUUUGGUCCAAAAUGUCCACAGUUUUUCCCUUACACUAUGCACGAAAGUGGGUUCCAGGGGUUUAAAGGUGAACCUCUUAAUGGAGGUUAAACGUUUACAUCCAUUAAUCUUCUACAACCAAUUUUUCUUCACAUGACCUUUGGGGUUAAAGGAUGCAAUUAAACUUCUGUUUUACUGCUACUUCAUCCAUCCAUUAACCUCAUAAAGUGGAUUUAAUUAAUCUUUCUUUACAUUUUUUUUCUUUCCUAUAACCUUAUUAUUUUCUCUUUCCAUGGACCUAAAAUUUCCAAGAAAUGCCUAAAUAUAUACACUUCGGCAUGUUGUCAUUUCAUUUGUUAUGUGGGAUUGCUGGUAAAAGAUUCUUUACAUUUGGAUUUCAAAUCAGGAAAUUUGAUCCAUGCUAGAUAUGGUGUUGCGUGCAGUUGUUCAAUAUGACAAUUGACACAUAGUUGAAGGAAUUUGACCCAGAGUAGAUAGUUUGCAGCUACAUGCAAGAUUAUGUUGUGGUGGUUUAGGCCUGGGAUUGGGACAGCUGGAGUUGACCAAUAAAUAUAUUCUAUCAGUCAUACUUGGGUAUUAAUUGAAUUCACAAAUGGAGAAUUUGGGUUUAUGUGUGAUUUUGGGAUGCUGUCUUUAUUAAGUGUCAACUUUGUAAAUUCACCCACUUUUGGAGCGAUUGCAAUGAAUAUAUCUGCAGUUCUUAUUAUGCAGGGAAACAAUGAUCUGGGAAUAUUAUAUAGCAUGUUAGUUAGUUAAGGACCACAAAAAUAAACAUGAAAGCUACUUCUGAAGUCUUAUUUUGGCGUUAGAAUCUGGACAAAUUAGAUUGCAUGCAUCUCUUUCAAGGGACAUGGAUAUAUGCUGUAGGCACAUGCCUUUAUAUUGAGUUAUUGACAAUAUUGAGAAAAUAUGUGUCCAUGGGAUUGUACUGUUGCAUGCAAAUUUAAGAAUCUAUUGGCCCAAGCUAUCAGCAUAUUUUGGAAGAAUUGUUGUCUAAUAGAUGAAGUCUAUGCUUUUUUUAACAGCUUUUCUUGCACGAGGUACAUCUGCACUUUGUAUGAUUAUGCAGUAAAAAUUAAAUAGCUGGCUAGUCGGUAAUUUUUUAGAGUCCUUAAAGCAAGUGGAUUUUGACGGGCUAGGAAGGGAUUCCAUACUUGUUAUAUUCCUUUGGUCUCCAGUUUGUUUAGGAAGCUUUAGUGUUAUAGACGCUUUUAUCGGCAAGACUUGUCAUCGACAACAGCAAGUAGAUCUCGGCUCAAAUAUUUAGUUAUCCUUUCUAGAAAAUACUAGUUUCAGAUAAGGAUGAGUUAUUAGACUAAGAAUAUGCUGUCAUUAUCUUAUCUUUUUAAGUGUUAUUUUACUAUUUUAUUUUAAAUAGAACUUGUGAUUUACUUUGAACUAUUUGCAGUAGGACUCUAUUUGUAAUCUCUAUUUAUAGAGAUGAAUUUUUAUUAAUAAGGCAAGCAUAUUCUAAAAUACAAAUUGAGAUUAGAGGCUCUUUCUUUAAUGAGUCUUGAGGUAACGGGGCUCCCUCCAACGAGCUCCAUCACAAUAAUCAUAGGUUCAGCAAAUUGAGGAAGAAACAGAAAUAAGGGAAAGGCUGCUGCAGCUAAAGACUCGGUAGUUCGUUGACCGUUCCUUGACAAGAGAAUUCAACAACUUGGUAUCAAAGCCAAAGUGUCAUGGGAGAAUCAAGGGAUGAUCUGCGAGCAUUACUCUAGGAAAUUCAUGCCCAGAAUGAAGCUCGAGUAGCACUAUCACAAUCCCGCCUGAAAGUAUAAAUUCAGGCUUUGUCGCGACAAAUACAAGAGCUGGUGGGGAACUCGAACCCAAAUCGGGACAAGGAACUCGAGGUAGAGAUCGAUAGCAGUAACAAAAAUCACUCAAAAAGCCAUUCCGAGCCAACGGAAGGUCGUCCUUUUGCUGGAAUUGUGCCAAGAUAUUCCAAGCUAGAUUUUCCAGUGUUUGAUGGUUCUGACCAUCCUUUAAGCUGGUUGCACAGGUGCAAACAAUUUUUUGCUAAUCAACGGACACUGGAGGAGGACAAGGUAGGGUUGGUAGCAUUGCAUCUGUUAGGAGAAGCUUAACUUUGGUUCUACAAAUUGAAUCAGGAGGAAUCUGAGAUGUCUUGGAUAACUUUUAAGGGUUAUUGGAACCUGAGAUUUGGACCAUCCCUCCAAGGAAAUCCCUCGGGAGAGUUGGUCAACUUUAAACAAACAGAAAGAGUAGAAGAAUAUCAAAAGCAAUUCCAAUGCCUUUUAUCACGAGCUAAUACUUUUCGAGCAGACCAACAAGUUGAUUGUUUUAUUGUUGGGUUAACUGAAAGUAUACGAUUGGAUGUCGAAAUACAGAAUCCUCCCAAUUUGGUCACAGUUAUGAAUCUUGCUCGAUCCUUUGAAAGAAAACAGCAUCUGGGUAGGAAUGUAGGCCACUGAAAAAAUUAUCUAGUUGAAUCAAAAGCUUGUGCAAGCUCCUUUCACCAACAAGGCACUGUCGGAGAUGGCAGCGGGCUUCACGGCUAUUUCUAGAAGUGGUAGUAGUGCAACUCCUUUUAUAAAAAAAUUAUCCAGAAACGAAAUGGCAAAUAGGAGGGCAAAAAUAUUGUGUUACAAUUGCGAUGAAUUGUAUAGUCCCACACAUCAAUGCAAAAGACUAUUUUGGUUAAAACUGGACAAUACUCAUGUGGCACCUGAAGAAGAAGAAGGAUCUGAGGACAAUCUGACAAUUUCAUUGCACGCAAUCACAGGCUUGCAAAAUCCCAGAAACAUGCCUAAAUCCAGAAUCAUGCAACUGAUAGUUGAAAUACAGGGCUAUCCAAUGAAGGUGUUGGUGGACUCGGGUAGCACACAUAAUUUUCUUAGCCAAGUAGGGCUUGAAAAUAGCAAUUGAUCAGCAUAAUGGUCUGCAAGUGACAGUAGCAAAUGGCUAGAAAAUUCCUAGCAUGGGGAGGAGUAAGAAAAAACUAUCCAUCGCAGGUGUGUUUUUUCCAAUUGACUUUUACAUUAUAUCACUAGAUGUUUUUGGUAUUGUUUUGGGUGUUGAAUGGCUGCUCACAUUAGGCAAGAUAGAGUGGGAUUUCAAUACACUGACCAUGAGUUUUCAGUUUGGAAACCAAUGCAUCACCUUGGAGGGACUCCACUCUGAUCCUCUACCACAUGUUCACUUGAUUAGAUCCACCACUGACCAACAGCCCUUGGAUGCAAUACUAGAGGAAUUCCCGGUCCUCUUUCAAGAACUCACGGGAUUGUCGCCUAUUAGGAAAUGUGACCAUUGCUUCUGUUUACUUUCAAGUUCUUCCCUGGCAGCGGUCCGACCAUACCGCUAUCCUUACCUUCAAAAAGAUGAAAUUAAAAACCAGUGUGAUGAGAUGUUGUGCCAAGGAAUUAUCCGUCCAAGCCACUCUCCUUUUUCUUCACCAAUAUUGUUGGUUAAAAAACAGGAUGGGUCAUGGCGAUUUUGUGAGAACUACUGUGAGCUGAAUGCGAAAACAGUGAAUGAUAAAUUUCUAAUUCCAGUUGUGGAUGAAUUACUUGAUGAACUUCACGGAGCCCACUAUUUUACUAAGUUAGAUUUAUGAUCUGGCUAUCAUCAAGUUCGGAUGAAAAAAGAAGACGUGGAGAAAACACCAUUUCAAACUCAUCAUGGGCACUUUGAGUUUCUAGUCAUGCCCUUUGGCCUCACCAAUGCUUCCUCAACAUUUCAAGCAUUAAUGAAUGAGGCUGGUGCUUCCUUGGAAGCAUUGGCUAAAGGUGCAGUGCAGUUUUCUCGAAGGUUCACUGUUCAAGAAAUACAAGAAAGGUGGCAUUCUCUCCUUUAUGAUCCAAUUGUUUCUGCUGAGGCUGCUUUUCACAUGAUUGCGUUUGAGCAAUCUGAAUCAACUCUUUCAUCAAAAUUCAGUAGAGCCGGGAAUACAAAAGAAAACAAAUGUCUUUCUGGGAAAAGGAAAGCUGAAACUGUUCGUAGUUGCUACUAUGCAUUACGUAAAAGAAUUUGCAAUGAACCAUUUAACAACAUGGAUCUGAGUUUUCUCAUUGCACCCGCUGAUAACAAUUACAUGGGUAAUGAAGAUGAACCUUUCUCUGGCAAUUGUAUACUUGGAGAUCCAGUUCCAAAUCAUUUUGGACUCCAGGAAUCUAAUUUGGAUAUCGUGCAUCAUCCUUUUCCACAAAUUGGGGAUAAUGAUGCUGCCCAUGCCUUUCAUGCACAAUUCCAGAAAACAGUCCAGGAGGAUUAUCCAGUGGUGCAAGAAAAAGUACAUAAAGAGAUUCCACAAAUUCAUGAAGAAAAUAUGUCCAAAUCUAGAAAUGGAUCUGUGAUUGGGGAAUUUGGAACAGAAGAAUUGGCAGUGAACAGUGACCAGGUGCAUGGAUGCUCUAAGUUUGGUGAAGAUUAUGUCUUUAGUUCUCCAAUUCCAGAGUGUAGUGUGUCAUUUCAUAACUUGGAGUUCUCAUCUCCACUUCCUGAGAUGUCAAUAUGGAGGACAGAUGAGGGGGUUUCACCACCAAGUAUUCCAGUUAAUAUGCACACAGGAGACCCAUUUUCACUUCCUGGUGAUGGUGAUACUAAGAAUACAUGCAUGUCAGAAUAUGAUAUCCACAGAGACUCCAGCUCGAAACUGGAAAUACCAAGUGAGGAAAUGAAAAAUGUAGUUGCCAAUACAGAAGGUUAUCUGGCUGAACUUUCCAGUUCUCUUUUAAAUUUCUCAAACGAGGAAGAACUUCUAUUCACAGAUGAUGAUGGAAAAGAUGCAAUCGACAAGUCUUACUAUGAUGGUCUAAGUUCACUUUUGCUAAGUUCGCCAAAUGAUGCAAAUCAAGAUCACAUGGGGAAAACAACUGAACUAGAAUCUUCUGUAGCUCCAGAUUAUCUUAUAAAUAAGUCUGGUACAAGUCAUGGGCAAUUAGAUGAAGAUAGGGGGUCCCAUCACAGUGUUGAUGCAGUUGGAGAUUCAGAUGUUCAAUUUCAUGCAUCUGCAUCAAGUUCAAAGCCUCAACUCCCUGAACUGACCGUUGAAGUUAUUAUCUGCACAUUAAACACUGAGGAUCCAGAGAUCCCAUGCAAUGAUGAUGUUGUCUUUAUGAAUAACUUGCAUUCAAAAUCAUUUUCCUCAAUAGCACGUCGGAAUUUUCAUGACAUUAGUAAACCAAAUUCUUCAAUUGUUGAGGAAUUUUCAAGCAAUUCAAAAACUAGUGAAGGAGGUCCAGCAUUCAUGCAGAGAGAUCUAGAAAAUCCUGGUCAAUCUCAUGCAUCUUCUCAUAUGAUAAGAUUGCAGGUAUGGCCAGAAAUCAGCUCUCUUCAUCCAGUUGGUGACCAUGGAGUUAAAAUUGAGUUGCCUAAUGGUAGCUCCUCUCACAGGACUGAAGAAACUCCAGAAGUUGUGCCGCUGAAGCAUUUUAGCAAUAAUGCUGCUGAUUCUUCAAUGGAGAUACCAGCUGUUGCUCCUGAUGGCUAUAAGUGUUCUACCCAGACAGAUGUUAGUGAUGUCAAACAGGACCUAUAUGCUGUAACAAGGAUUCAAAAUCAUCAUUCGUCACAUGCUAAAUUGGUGUCUACAGGUAUUAUAUCCUCAGAAGAUGGGAUAAACCAUCCAUUAUCAGAUCCAGAAGAACCUCCCAUAGAAAGUGACGAUGAUGCGCCUUAUUUUUCAGAUAUUGAAGCAAUGAUACUUGAUAUGGAUUUAGAUCCAGAAGACCAGGAUUUAUAUUCCAGUGAGGAAGUCUCAAGAUAUCAGAACGAGGACAUGAAGAGGGCAAUUAUGAGGCUGGAGCAGGGUGCUCAUUCUUGUAUGCAAAGAGCCAUUGUGUCUCAAGGAGCAUUUGCUGUUUUAUAUGGCCGCCAUUCAAAGCAUUAUAUUAAGAAACCUGAGGUGUUACUUGGUAGAGCAACAGAUGAUGUUAUUGUUGACAUUGACUUGGGGAGGGAAGGGCUUGCAAAUAAAAUAUCUCGACGGCAGGCAGUUAUAAAUUUGGACAAAGGUGGAUCUUUCCAUCUGAAAAAUCUUGGCAAAUGUUCUAUCUCGGUGAAUGAGAAGGAAAUGGCCCCUGGUCAGAGUUUAAACCUUACUUCCAGUUGUUUGAUUGAGAUAAGGGGUAUGCCAUUCAUAUUUGAGACAAACCAAACUUGUGUGAGACGGUAUCUGGACAGCGUAACCCAGAACAGUCAAAGCCAGGGGCACCAACUUUGACCUGCUGCAAAGCUGUCUUGAAUUGGAAUCUCAUCAGAAGGUGCCUUUUUUCUCCCUGCACUUUCUGGGUUGCAAACUAUGUUCAACCUGUUGUACGUACGAGUGUAUGACUACCGUAGAAAUAGAACUUGCGUUUUCUCAUUUGAGAAAACAUUUUCCAUAUGUAGGAACUUUCGCCACCAACAUCGUGCAAAUAGCCUCUUCCUGAAUUCAAUUAGAUAACAGAUAUUAAUGGCAUGAUAAUGUCUGCUAUGUCAAGAAUACAGUAUUCUUUGAAUUAGUUUUAGCUUACCAAGCUUUUCGGUUGAAUUCUUUUGUACACGAAAUACUGAGGAUUCUUCAUCAUUAUAUUGUUUAUUGUGAA